UGUAGGUGAUGCUGCUGGUGAUGAUGAGGAGCUGCGGAUGCGGCUGUGGAGCAUCUUCUCAGCUCGCGCUCGAAUUUCUCGCUUUAUCUGACUGAGAUCUUCAGGAAUAUCGGUGCAGAUCGCGGUUCCAGCCUUCAGACCCGCUCCUGCAGAUCCCCCGCCCUGCAGAACCUGCAGAACCAUGAUCCAACCAGCAGAACCCUGGAGCUGCUGUUUACUGCACUGGAGCUGCUGAGCCUGCAGCACAGUCUGAUCUACAGUCUGAUCUACACUGAGUUAAUAAUGUGACCAGGCUGUAUGGAGUUCCCGAAAAGCCAAAAACCACCUCAAGGGGGCCGAACCGGCCUCAAACCCGAGCCAGGAAAAGGUGAAAUUCCAUCCAGCUCCAGACAUGAACCUCUUGCAUCUCCAGGAACUUUUCCAGCUACAGAUACCCUGGACUCACCGUCACCAGAACUUUGUUCCAGUCCAGAGGACUGGACCCAAACCUGUAGCACUGUUAAAAAGAGCAGAACCCAUGACUGUGUGGUGGAGAGAGCAGUGAGUCCUGGGGGCAGAGAUGGGUCUCGAACUUCUACCACGCAUCGUCAUCGCAAGCUCGUCAACAGCGCCAGCUUCUGUGGGUUUGGGUCGACUCGUGUGGUGCUACAUGAGAAUCAGAACACGCCUGGCUGCACCCGGGAAAUCAUUGAUUACCGCAAUCUAACACCUCAAGUACCGUUUGUGCCUUCGGUCGCCAAGUCCAUUCCAAAGAAGAGGAUCUUUCUUAGGAAGCCCAGGAAGGCAAUCAAAGACUUUUUUGUUCAGAAGAAGCAAAGCGACGAGAAAGACACGUCGCCUUGUACGCCAAGCAAGCAUGGAAUGACAUUUAAGAGGAGUAAGAUGUCAAAGUCCUCAAGACGUCGAAAUCAGAGCAGGACCUCUCUCGAAAUGAAGGACAUUCUUUCAGACUCUUCGAGCGAAUGUGGUGCUGACGUCUGUGAGGAUUCAGUGUCUCUAAAAAGUUUCGGAUCUCAAGCCGGAUGUGGAGAGAUCUUUGUGGACGAAGAUUACCUCGUGUCGCUUGAGGGAACACCUAAGAUCGAGGUUCAUAAGGAUGCUGGCGAAACGUCGAAACCCAGUCCGACCACUCCUGCCUUUCAGGGUGGCAAAGAGCAGUUGGCAUCACCUGCUCAACCUGAAGUCUUAGACCUGUUUGAGUUGUGGAAGACCUUCAACAGGACAGUUCUCGUUGGGCAGAACUCGGAAGUAAGCUCUGACAGUAAGGCGACCACAACACCAGCCUCACCAGCCUCAAUCUUACCUUCCACAAACAAGGCAGCUAGUCCCUUGGAAAGCCCUUCUACUCCAGUUGCAAAUAUCCCCGAAUCAUUGAAUCAUGCAAAUACAGAAACACCCAAAAGUGAAAACCAAGAAAGCACCAGUGACGAAGGAUACUGUGAUUAUGCUUCCAAUGAAGACCACACCAGAAGUUCGCUGACACCAGUACAUUCUGGAACGUUCCCUAGAGACACCUACAGUGGAGACGCUCUGUACGAGCUUUUUUACGAUCCCAGCGAGAGAUCGGCAGAAAUGACCCCCAUCUUUGAUGACGAGAUGGAUCUAACCCACAGUAUUAUUGGCCAAUCAAGUGACCUUCCGUUGUCCAUGUACAGCUUCCAUGUUGGAGCCGAAGAGAACCUGGCUCCACCUCUGGCAGUGGACUUCAUUAGCCAUGAGCUUCUCCAGAGCAACUGGGCUGGGAAGGACUGCCUGCUGAAGCUUUGUGACACUGAAAUAUCCUUGGCUAUGGGUAUAGUGAGUUGGUUGAAGCAAAAGACGAGCACUGGAGGUAAAGGAGAUGCAUGGGAAGAGGGCAAAUCCCAAAUUCCAGCAGGUAUUGCAAGUGUACCUAAAGGUUUGGGACUAAAGAAGGCCAACAGUAGAGAAGACAUGGCUGACUUUAGAUCAAGGGAAACAUUUCAAGUAGAUGCAGAUCAUCUAGACUCAGUAGACUCUCCAAAACAACGUGCCGGAGUGGUUUCAACUGUUGCGACCCCAGAGAGUCUACCCAGGACUCCGUCAUCAGGUCAAGUGUGCUUCCGCAUCUUCAAUAUCAAUUCUCCUUUGACUCCAACGAGGGAUUUGCAGUCUCCAAUGGCACCUACUCCUGGCUCUGGGACAGGUUCCUUGUUUGUGCUCGCAGUAAACAAAGAAUCUCUUUGUGAAUCUUGCAAAGCCUCCCUGAAACAGGGCGCCAAAGAGCUGCACCUGUGCCAUUCCUGCACCUCCUUCAUAGAACGCAUAAAGACGUCAGAGCUUUGGGCCAGAGCCACCCUCCAACAAUCGAAGACUGUAGGAACUCCUCAGUCAUUGAAAGGAGGGCUUCUACUGUCUCCUAGCAGCAGUUGCGGGGUAGCAAGUGACAUUAGUCUACUUUCUCUAGUAGAGCAAUGUGCAAGCCAGGUCUCUUCGCUUAAGAUUAACAAGUAUCAAAGUAACUUUCCUGAUCAUGAAGCCACCAGUCGUAAAGCAAUCGCAGAGUCUGGGAAAGAUAUGCAACCGAAGAAAGACCCUGAGAAAAAGUUCCUUAAACCCAAGCACAAGAAGAAAGUGAAGAUUUCCACAAAGGGUAGCCUGCACUUUGGCGAUGAUCCUAAUGUCAGAAAUGGCAUCACCCACGAUUCUCACAGUCCUUCUGUUUUGGAAGCAGAGGGGCUUGGACUCGUCACAACAAACGAUUCAGACGACUUAGUUCUGGAGACGUAUAAGAGUCUGUGCCGCCCACAAACAAAUAAACUCAACGAUACAGAUGUAUCUCAAGCUUCUAGACCCACUUCUCUUCCACUCUCGAAUGUUACCGGCUCUGAGUUCUCAAGGAAAGAGCGUCACAAAGUCAAAGAGAAACCUCACGAAAGGUCUCGGCGACACAAGAAGCCAGUGGUGAACAAGGAAGGACUGUCUGACAAGGUCUUCCCAGAGGAGAAGAAGGUGGAACGAAAGCGCAGGAUGAAGAAGUGAUCCUGUGCAAAGCAGGUUCUUGUUUUCCAGUCUGUGGAUUCAGAAGCUCGUCCAAACCACGGAUCUGGACCAGAUUCCAGUGGAGAACCCAGUAUAUGGCAGCUAAAUCUAAACCACCAGCUGUCAGAACCUCUCAGAACUCUCAAAAUUCUGGACCGCACUGCCAACCGGCUCACCUGUAGCUCACAACUGAUACUUACCUGUAAUGCUGUGAUGAUACCUGUGGGAAUGCUUCGUUUUUCCCGUUUAUCUGCUUCCAGUUCUCACAACAAAGUGAUGUCAGUAGUAGCUCUGAUUCCAGACAGUGGUUUUAAUACUUUUAUUAUCCAAUUUAAAUCAGAAUUACCAUCAAAUUACCAUCAGUUUUUAGCUCCAGACCCAUUGUCCACCUCAACCAGCACUGGUAAAAAAAGACCUGAUUAUCAGUUUUAAAGAGACAUCUUGAGAUUAAUGCGGAAAAGUACAGAUACUUCGGGAAUUGCAGAAAAAUAAGGGUUGUAACACCAUAUUUCCCGUAUGCAAAAAGAAAUAUAUGAAGAAUGCAUUCAUAAAUGCAUUGGAAAAUCUGUGGAAAAGUGCACUUCUCCUUUAUAUACUUCAUGCACUUGUUUAAAAUACAUUCAAAAUGUAUUUAAACUAUAGUUCACGGAUAACGACAUACACGAACAUACAUUCUUUUCCACGUAGCACAGAAAAAUAUACAGAUAUAUGCAUAUAUGUGUUUAUGUGUGGAAUACAUUAUACAUUUCAAAUGUAAACCCACAUAGAAAAGAAAAAUACAUAGAUUUUUAUUCAGAAAAUACAUUUGAAUAGGCCUAUUGUUUAUACAGUCAUUGCUGUAGGUUGCACUGUUAUUCCAAUGCUAAUGCUAAUGCUAACUCUAAUGCAGCUUGUAGCUUCCACUAUUUGUUAGCUAGCCUCGUAGCUCCACUACAGUUGUCAAAGUUAUGCUACGUUCAAAAGUCGGAUGAUGCCACACGCUAGUUGACUUUAUUCAAUGUAAUAAUUACAAUAAUUUAUCACUAUUUCAAAACAUUUUCAAAAACACACUUAGCUAACUUUAGCCUUGCCCAAGGUUUGCACUGUAACCCUGCGUUCACACUGGCCAAUCAGUCUAAAAAAUUUGAUCAGCCAAUCGCUGCACAAUGUCCGUGAAGCUGUAUAAUUAAACUGCUGAUGUGCAAGGCAGCCAUCUUGGAUUCUAAACCCGGGGUUGGUGAGACUCUGAGAAUUUCUAAGGAGAAAUUACAACCUGUAGGAGCAUGCAUUUUUAAAAUGUCUUACAUGGAAAAAUCCAAAAUACAAGUAAAAAUGCAACCUAGCAUUAGCAUUAGCUGCUACGCUACAUUAUGGGGUAAGGUGGGGGAUUCGGGGGAUGGAAUCGCUGCUGGUGGGUGAAUCCAUUAGCAUCACUAGGAGCUUAUAGACUAACAGAUGAAGAGUGUAGUGUUAAAGUCAGAUGUGUGGCCUAUUGAAGUGUGCCAGAGCGUAUGCUAAUGAGCUAAUGAAUGAGGAACUGUUCCUUUGAGAACCCGUCUGUGAUCUGGGCGAUGUGAUCUGAAUUUGGCGCCCGAUGUUCAAUAGAGGUCCAUUCAGACCCACAGCGGCCCUCGGCCCCCAGCACACAGGUGGCGAACUAUUUACUGUACAGAUAAUCAGACGUGCUAACAGGCUACGCUAACAAACCGCCACACAAAAGCCUUCAGUCUGAGGAGUCUGUUUAAAGUGGUCUGGCUUAAAUCUUUCUUUUUCCACUGGAUGCCCAUCGUCUCCCAGCUGACAAACCAGCCUGGCCAACUCAAACUGGUAAAACCGGUUACAUUUAGGCAACGUUUGCAACGUUUUUAUUUUCUUAUAACGUUUAGCAACGCUUUAAAAAGUUUCAAGGAAGGGAAACCUUUACCAGUGCAAUAAUAAUUAUUAUUAGAAAGUUUCUCAUAUAACCAUUUCCAAACUAGAUAAAUAUAUGAAGAGUAAGUAAGAAAUGUAAAACCCAGCUAACCAAGAACGUUAUCAGAACAUUUCAGGAAUGUUCUGAAAGCGUGUGAUGCAAUAAUGGUUUGCAUUGCAACGUUAUUAGAAUGUCCCAGCAUUAGCAUUAGCAUUCCCAGCUAAACAAAUACUAACAUUAUGAAAAUGUUAAGAGUGAGAGAGAAAUGAAAACCCAGCUAACAGAAAACAUUAUAAAAAUGUUCCAAGAAAGUUCCAAGAGGAUUAGCCUCUGACAUUACAGAAAAAAAACAUUCAAGGAAAGUUCUUAAAGCAUGUGACGCAAUAAUGGUUUGCAUCACAACGUUUUUAGAACGUUUCUCACAUAGUGCUCCCAGCUAAACGAAUACUAACAUUAUGGAAAUGUUAACAGUGAGAGAGAAACUAAAACCCAAGGAACAGAAAACGUUAAAAGAAUAUUUAUCAACGUUUAGAAAAGGUUAAAGGAUGGUUAGCCUGAAUGUUAUAGAAAUAUUAAUCCAGGAAUAAAACAUUCCAGGAACGUUUUAAAAACAUGUAACAUAAUAAUGGUCUCCAUCAUAAGGUUAUUAGAACGUUUCUCACAUAAGUUUCCCAGCUAAACAAAUACUAACAUUAUGAAAAUGUUAAGAGUGAGAGAGAAAUGAAAACCCAGCUAACAGAAAACAUUAUAAGAAUGUUUCAAGAAAGUUCAGAGAAGAUUAGCCUCUAACAUUACAGAAAAAAACAUUCAAGGAAAGUUCUUAAAGCAUGUGACGCAAUAAUAGUUUGCAUCACAACGUUUUUAGAACGUUUCUCACAGAGUGAAAAGGUUCCAGGAAAAAUUACCCUGACUGUUAUAGAAAUAUUAAUCUUCCAGGAACAUUCUGAAAACCUGUAUACUAAUAUACUAAUAGUUGGCAUCAUGUGUUUAGAACAAUUCUCACAUAACGUUCUCAAAUUGUGGAAACGUGAACAAAAGUUACAUUCCCAAAUCUAAACAUUCAAACAUUGACACAAGUGUUAUUGCAGCGGCUUGUUUUUACAGAAAGUUAGAAAAGGUUAAAUGAAUACAGACAUUCAGAAAACUUGACAGAUUGAGCGUUCUAAGAAUGUCAGCUGUAAUGUUCAAAAAAUGUUCUGCUAACCAAAAAUUGUUAGCUGGGAAGAAUGUGAGAAACGUUGUUCUAAUAACAUUAGCAAACCAUUAAUACCUCCCAUGCUUUCAGAACGUUCCUUAAACAUUAUUACUUUAAGGAAUCUCUUCCCACAAUCUCUACGAAAUUAAACGUAGGAAAACGUUCUUAUAAUGUUCUCUAUUAGCAGAGAUGACCAGCAUGACCAAUAUUAGCAAGGUAGAUGUCCAGCAUGGUUUUACCAACAUAUUCAUUCUAUCAUUAACCACACUCUCAGCUAACAGAGAACGUUAAAAUAAAAACAUUUAGCAUCAAAAAUCCAACCAGUAUAUGCGUUCCUGAUGAAUUUCCCUAUUUGGAACUAAAAAAAUUCAAACAUCCACGUUCUUUAUUAGAAUUGAAUGCAGUAUUAAUGUAGCUGUGGGAAACUGGCGUCCAUAGUUUAAACUAAGCCACGAAUCUGUUUGUAUUUGGGAACUUUGUUUUAAUAAUCUUAAUUUGUCAGGAUUACCAAACCGUUGAAGUUAAUCAUAACAUGUGAAAACCAACUGAGUAUCUGCAUGCGAGACGAUCAUUUAGAGCUCUAUCAUUAGGCUAUACGAUUGGUGAUUUACUGAUUGUACCUUGAGAAAUAAACAUGUUGCAUGAUAAUCUGCUUUUAGACCGUGUAAAAUGUUAUAAAGUCAUAUUUGUUGAAAUCAGUAUCUCUUUAUUGGUGCAGUACAGUCUCUCGGAUUGAGAGAAGGCAGCUGUUAUUAUUUGUGAAUCUGUGCAAUAUCUCUGCCUGACUGUGUCCUGAAUUUCACAGUUAUUAUUAUAAUGUAAAUAAAAGGGUUAAUAAAUAAUAAAAAUGAA